AUGGAGGUUCACAAAAGUCCUGAGGGAUCAGGACUCAGAGUUUCCUUGCGCUCUUCCCGAGAUUGGAACUUCGAAAUAAGGAACGAGUUUGCUGAUACAUCGGAAACUUGCUAUGUUCGUCUGGCCACACAAUAUGCAGUCGGCGACCUCGCGCUGAGGGAUUACUUGGAUGGCGUGCUAUCUCACUUGAAGAAAGGAGCGGCAAAGCACAAGUGGGAUGUGCCGCCUGAAGACAUCGGCGACUUUCUAGAACUGGACCUCUUUGCAGGGGCUGUCAAAGCACGGCAACUCGAUCCGACUUUUGUCCCCUUGGAAGAACCAGUCUACGCUACCGCAAAACGUCUUGCUUUCAUAUCAUGGACCACAGACGAUCCAGGGGAGUUCGAUCGGCUUGCGCGAGAGGACCAGACAUGGAUCGACUCCUCAGGGGGGCUACCAGAAAUUGCCGACCUUUUACUCAUCAUCUGCUAUGCGAGGCGACACACCCUUUUGUUUAGGCACCUUGUUCGUCUGUUGCCAGGGCCUCCCAUCAGGUCUACCUUUGACCUUCUGAAUGAGAUUUUGCUCCAACCGCGAACCGCUUAUUGGGCAGUGAUACACCAGCAUUCCCCGAAGGAGCAAAGCAACGCUUCAGACGAGAUAAGCAUGUGGACUGAUAUCCUAAAUUUCGGCUGGGUCCAUGAUCCUGUGAACUCAGAAACGCAGCGGUUCCUACAUCAUGGGAUACGCAGCCAAGAUCCUGCGGUUGAAAGAGACGAUAGUAUCACCUUCGGCAGCCCAAAGCUUAGGGACUUUCAUCUUGCAUUGGCCUCGAGGGGACUUCAUUAUGACGUGGCGUCGCUUGGUGAUUAUCUGGCCGGUUGCAAAUCUCUUGACCAAGCUCUCGACUUCCUCACAGUAUUUCCCGGGACCAAAGUCAGACCAUCGGGCCGUGACUUGUACGAGUGGGAGUCUGGGGGCUUGGUGGGUAGCGUUGUCGACUCUUCCACAUUGGAUGGGAAGUUGCGGACUGACAUCAUGAGACUCGCUCUUGAGUCCAUUGAAGGUGUAGAUGUCAACGCCCCAUUCAACUCUAAUGCAUGGGAAGAUGACUUGCCGGGAAGGAAACGGACGCCUCGUAUGACCGGCUUACAGGUCGCAGCUUCCAAAGGGGACCGAGCGCUUGCGAAUGUUCUACUCCAUCACGGAGCCCGAGCUGAUGUGGUGGAGUACAUAACAGGGUUGAACGCAGCAGGAUUUGCGAGGAACAACGGACAUGUGGAUCUGGCGGAAUGGCUUGAGGGCUUGUCUCGGGAAUGA